GCCAGGAAUUAAGGAUAGCAUCAGCGGCAACACCAACCAACCGCCCCGACCAAAGCUUCACCGCCCGCACCGCACCGCACAAUGAGAGCUCUCCCCAUGGCCGCCGGCCGCGCCGCCGCCGUCGCCGCCUGCGCCUCGCCGGCCGUCCCGCGGAGGUCGCUGCUCCUCUCCACCGCCGCCGCAGCGCUGCAGCCGGAGCCGGUGAGGCUGACCCGGGGCGCGAGCGCCGCGCCCAAGCUCCGGGCCUCGCCGCCGGACGCCGCGCAGGCGGCGGCGGCCUUCGGCAGCAAGGAGGAGGCCUUCGCCUGGGCCAAGAGCGACAACCGGCGGCUGCUCCACGUCGUCUACCGCGUCGGCGACAUCGACAGAACAAUCAAGUUCUACACGGAGUGCCUUGGGAUGAAGCUGCUGAGGAAGCGCGACAUCCCGGAGGAGAAGUACACCAACGCCUUCCUCGGCUAUGGCGCGGAGGACAACCACUUCGUCGUCGAGCUCACCUACAACUAUGGCGUCGACAAGUAUGACAUCGGGGCAGGUUUCGGUCACUUUGGCAUCGCCGUCGACGAUGUGGCGAAGACGGUGGAGCUGAUAAGGGCGAAAGGAGGGAAGGUGACCAGGGAGCCCGGCCCUGUCAAGGGCGGCAAGACGGUGAUCGCCUUCGUCGAGGACCCAGAUGGCUACAAGUUUGAGAUCCUUGAGAGGCCAGGGACUCCAGAGCCCCUGUGCCAGGUGAUGCUCCGUGUCGGUAAUCUUGAUCGGGCCAUAAGCUUCUAUGAGAAGGCCUGUGGCAUGGAGCUGCUAAGGAAGAGAGAUAACCCUGAAUACAAGUACACAGUGGCAAUGAUGGGGUAUGGUCCUGAAGACAAGAAUGCUGUGCUGGAGCUGACAUACAACUAUGGUGUCACUGAAUAUGACAAGGGGAAUGCAUAUGCCCAGAUCGCGAUCGGAACCGACGACGUCUACAAGACGGCGGAGGUGGUGAAGCUGUUCGGAGGGCAGGUGGUGCGGGAGCCAGGGCCAUUGCCGGGGAUCAACACCAAGAUCACGUCCAUCCUGGACCCUGAUGGCUGGAAAUCGGUGUUUGUCGACAACAUCGACUUUGCAAAGGAACUGGAGUAAACCUGUUCAGAAACCGGGUGCCAGUUCUGUUUGUUGAAUGACUAGUGACCAGAGAUAAAUCUUGCUUGGUUGCAAUCACUGUAAAUGAGCUCGAACUCCAUGACCAAGAAAUUUUGGUGUCUGAAUAAAUAACAGAGCAUGAGGUUUCGUCCC